AAACAUGUGUGACACUAAGCAUAGUUAAUUAAGGGGCACCGCCGCAAUUACAAAUAAUUAAUUACGAAAAAUUGAAUUGUUCUUAUAAUGAUAAAAAAUCGUUUCAUCUGUUCGUUCUUCCAGUUUCUCUCUCAGGCAUAGAUUCUCAGUUAUACUCUGAAGCAGCGGAAGUGAUGUUUAAGAACACAUUUCAAUCUGGGUUUCUUUCAAUUCUGUACAGCCUUGGGAGUAAGCCUUUGCAGAUUUGGGAUAAAGAAGUUGUCAACGGCCAAGUCAAGCGGUUGCAAGAUGACGACAUACAAUCUAAUGUGCUCGAAGUAGUUGGGUCCAACGUCCAGUCGACAUAUAUUACCUGCCCAGCUGAUCCAACUGCAACGCUUGGCAUCAAGCUACCGUUCUUAGUUAUGAUUGUGAAAAACAUGAAGAAGUUCUUCACAUUUGAAAUUCAGGUGUUGGAUGAUAAAAAUGUCCGCCGAAGAUUCCGAGCUUCUAAUUUUCAAGCUGUGACGAGAGUUAAACCUUUUAUUUGCACCAUGCCGUUGAAAUUGGACGAGGGAUGGAAUCAAAUCCAGCUCAACCUUGCCGAUCUCACUCGACGUGCAUAUGGAACCAACUAUGUUGAGACUCUGAGAGUUCAGGUUCAUGCAAAUUGCCGCCUCAGAAGGAUAUAUUUCUCUGAUCGCCUUUACUCUGACGAGGAACUCCCUCCAGAAUUUAAACUGUAUCUUCCCAUGCAGAAAUCCUGAAAGAGCUAUUGCGAACGUCGCUGCAUUAAUAGCGUUGGAGAUGGUUGGUGGUAAAACAGUUUCGUGGGGAAGUUGAAUACGCAGUUUGAUUAGUUGAGGGAAUUUGUCAGAGCAAACAAUUUUUAAGUAGUUGUGAUGGUUGCUAUUUUAUUUUGUGAUUGUGAACUCCGAUUGCAGAUUACCUCCAUGGUAAAUUUUACAAUUUCUGUGAUAAUGCUUCUUUAUAAAUCAAAUUUCGGAAGUGUGACAAUUUGUCCGUCCGUUUUUACAAGAAUCAUUAGUGAAACGAAGAUUUGGGUAACUUGAGCAAAGGGUUUUGAGACGCGUCCAAUAUGCUCUUCGGUCGAAGCAACUUGAACUCAAAUUUGAAAAUACUAAGCAACCCAGCUUCGUUUUUGUUCUCUCUUUAUUUGGUUGAUCCAGUCCGAAAUGUACAGUUAUAUGUGUUGAAUAUAAACCUAAAAUAUUGCUUUCUUG